CUCAAAUCCUCAUCCUCCGCAACCAUACACACCUCUCUUCUUCAACCUCUGAAUCCCUCGACAAACCCUAAUCACCACCAUGCUUCUCAAAGCUUCUCCGGCCUCCGCGUCUCAGUUGCUCAGUCUCGGCGAGAGCUUGUUUUCCUCCGCUCAAUUGUCGUCUUCUUCGAUUUCCUACUCCGCCGCUCCUCUGAACUCGUCCACGUCUCUGUUUUCGAGUCUGCGGUCAUCGCCGGCGAGAAAUGACGGCGGGGCCGUGGUCUGUGCGGCCUCGAAGAGUUCGAACAGCCGGCCGCUUACCGGUGUGGUUUUCGAGCCGUUUGAGGAGGUGAAGAAGGAGCUUGAUCUCGUCCCUAUGCUCCCUCAAAUCUCUCUGGCUCGCCAGAAGUACAGUGAGGAGAGUGAGGCUGCCAUUAACGAGCAGAUCAAUGUGGAGUACAACGUAUCCUAUGUGUACCAUGCCAUGUAUGCCUACUUCGACAGGGACAAUGUCGCACUCAGGGGUCUUGCCAAGUUUUUCAAGGAAUCAAGUGAGGAGGAGAGGGGGCAUGCUGAGAAAUUGAUGGAAUACCAGAAUAAGCGUGGUGGAAGAGUGAAAUUGCAAUCAAUACUGAUGCCUCUCUCAGAGUUCGAUCAUGCUGAGAAAGGAGAUGCUCUAUAUGCAAUGGAGCUUGCAUUGUCUCUGGAGAAACUGACAAAUGAAAAGCUGCUUCACUUGCACCAUGUUGCUGACAAGACCAAAGAUGUGCAACUAGCUGAUUUUGUUGAAAGCGAGUUUUUGGCUGAGCAGGUGGAGGCAAUCAAGAAGAUCUCAGAAUAUGUUGCUCAACUCAGGAGGGUUGGCAAAGGACAUGGGACUUGGCACUUCGAUCAGAUGCUGUUACAUGAUGAGGUUGCUGCAUAAUGAACUCAUUGUCAUCAUCUUUUGUUCGUGGUUACGAGUCUGAAGCUGUCUUUUCUGUUGGUGGUUCAAGUUUUCUGUUUAGAGAUUUAGACCGUUUAACCCUUCUGGUAGUUUAAGAGAUGAGGGUACAUGGGGAAAAAGUUAACUCAAGUUCUCACCAUAUGAACUAAUUAUGGUUCCUUUAUUCAAUGCUUUCUCCUUUACUGUU